AUGGCUCCAGAAUUACCAUCGAGUUGCUGUAUGAGAGGUUCCCUCCAUACCGGCAAUCCAACCGGGACCGAAGAAACAAUCCACAACCUCCCCACCUACGUCGCCCAACCAGAAAACAGUAAUGGAACCGUAAACGGAACAAUAGUAAUAAUCCCCGACGUCUUCGGUUGGGACCUGAUCAAUCUCCGACUGCUGGCAGAUAGUUAUGCGAAACGAGGUAACUUUAGGGUCUUGAUGCCUGAUGUACACUUUGGAGAUGCGUUUGCGAAGGAUAGUCUUGAUGUAGCGUUCCCACUGAAGGGAUUUGAACCGCCAUGGUAUAAAAGACUGUAA